UCCGGGGCGGGACUUCCUCUCCCUUAUUGAUAGGUGCCGGGCUGCAGAGCUGGUUGGAGAACACCACAGGAGGGCUCCGCCCUCAGCGUCCCGUGGCCAUGACGACCGCCGCGUGGGACUCCCUGGUGUGGAAGCUCGCGGGGUUGCUGCGGGAGUCGGGAGACGUCGUCCUGUCUGGCUGUAGCACCCUGAGCCUGCUGACUGCCACCCUGCAGCAGCUGAACCGUGUAUUUGAGCUGCACCUAGGGCCAUGGAGCCCUGGCCAGGCGGGCUUUGUGGCUCUGCCCUCCCACCCCGCCGACUCCCCCGUCAUCCUCCAGCUUCAGUUCCUCUUCGAUGUCCUGCAGAAAACACUUUCUCUCAAGCUGGUCCAUGUCCCUGGGCCCGGCCUCCCAGCACCCAUCAAGAUUUUUCCUUUCAAGUCCCUUCGCAAACUGGAGCUCCGAGGUGUUCCCCUCCACUGCCUUCGUGGCCUCCGUGGCAUCUACUCCCAGCUGGAGACCUUGAUUUGCAGCAGGAGCAUCCAAGCGUUAUCAGAGCUCCUCUCAGCCUGUGGUGGUGACCUGUGCUCCGCCCUGCCCUGGCUGGCUCUCCUUACGGCUGACUUCAGCUACAACACACUCACUGCCUUAGACAGCUCCUUGGGUCUCUUGUCAGCCCUUCGCUUCUUGAACCUGAGCCACAAUCAAGUGCAGGACUGCGAGGACUUCCUGAUGGACUUGUCUGAGCUCUACCAUCUGGACGCCUCCUAUAACCACCUGCGUUUUGUGCCAAGAAUGGGCCCCUCAGGGGCUGCUUUGGGGACCCUGAUACUGCGAGGCAAUGAGCUCCAGAACCUGCACGGCCUGGAGCAGCUGCGGAAGCUGCAGCACCUGGAUGUGGCCUACAACCUGCUGGAGGGGCACAGGGAGCUGUCUCCGCUGAGGCUGCUGACGGAGCUCCAGAAGCUCUACCUGGAGGGCAACCCUUUGUGGUUCCACCCCACACACCGAGCAGCCACCGCCCAGUACUUGUCACCCCGUGCCAGGGACGCAGCGCCAGGCUUCCUUCUUGAUGGGAAGGUCUUGUCAGUUACCGAUCUUCAGGCCUCCACAUCCUCGGAGCUGGACUCUGCAGCCCCCUCUCUGCCCCGGCCAGUGGGACCUGCCACCGAAACCUCAGGGGGCCCUGACCUGAGCGACAGCCUCUCCUCUGGGGGUGUAGUGCCCCAGCCCCCUCUUCGGAAGGUUAAGAGCCGAGUCCGCGUGAGGCGGGCAAGUAUCUCGGAACCCAGUGACACGGACCCAGAGCCGCGCACGAUGGACCCUUCUCCAGCUGGGUGCUUUAUGCAGCAGCACCGGGAACUCGAGCUCAUGAACAGCUUCCGGGAACGGUUUGGCCGUGACUGGCUGCAGUACAGGAAUCACCUGCAGACCCUGGACACUCCCGUUCUGGCUGCCUCCACACCCCCUACCCUCGGCACGCGGCCACCCGACACCCUGAGCCCAGAGCCAGUGCCGGACCCUGCGCCCCCAGAGAAGUCACCACAGGACAGGGCAGAGGAGAUUGGGGUGAGGCUGGAGCCCCAGGAGGAAGAGGAGCUGGAGGAGCAGCAGAAGGAGGAGGAAGGAGCAGAGGAAGAGGAGGAGGAGCAGAAUGAGGUGGAAGCGGAGCUGUGUCGCCCAAUGUUGGUGUGUCCCCUGGAGGGGCCCAAGGACACCCGGUGCAAGGAAUGCUUCCUCAGGGUCACUGCCAGGCACCUGUUGGAGGUGGAGCUCCAGGCAGCUCGGAUCCUGCAGCGGCUUGAACUGCAGAGUCUGGAGGCAGCUGAGAUGGAAUUGGAGGCCCAGACCCAGGCAGAGCCAGUUCCUGCGGGCUCAGAUCCACCCCCCCAGGUCCCCAUCCUGGUUCUGCGCUUCUCCUACAUCUGCCCCGACCGCCAUUUGCGUCGCUAUGUGGUGCUGGAGCCAGACGCACAAGCGGCUGUCCAGGAGCUGCUUGCUGUGUUGACCCCGGCAGCCAUCGCAGCUCAGCACCAGCUGGCGGGAGCAGAAGACCCACUGGGGGGCCGACUACAGUGUCUCCGCUGUGGCCAUGAGUUCCAGCCAGAGGAGCCCGGAGAGGGGGCGAACAGGGAGGGAGGCUGGAGGCCUCUGUUCCAAAAGACAGAUUCUGCUGCCGUGUGUCCAAACUGUGGGAGCGAUCACGUGGUUCUCCUGGCACUGUCUGGGGCACCCACUGAGGGGGACCAGCGGCAGCAGGAGCAUGCCCUGGCUCCCUCCCAGCCCCCCAUCUCUGGCCAUGACCCUCCUGGCCACGGUGACCCCAGCAGCGGGAAUGCCAGUGCGCCAUCUCAGGCCCCUGCAUCCCACGACUACCAAAGUUGGAACCUCAGCCCCUCCCCAGCACACUGUGACUUCCGCUCUGUGGACCACCGACUCCGGCUCUUCCUGGACGUGGAGGUGUUCACUGAUGCCCAGGAGGAGUUCCAGUGCUGCAUCAAGGUGCCGCUGGUUUUGGCAGGUCACCCCGGGGAGUGUCCCUGUCUCGUGGUGGUGUCCGACUACAGGCUUUACGUGUUACAAGUCACAGCAGAGAUCUGCGGACCCCCGGAGACCUGGCUACAGCCCUCCCUGGCUGUUCCCCUGCAGGAACUGAGUGGCAUCGAGCUGGGCCUGGCGGGACAGAGCCUGCGGCUGGAGUGGGCGGCUGGGGCGGGCAGCUGUGUGCUGCUGCCCCGAGAUGCCAAGCGCUGUCGGGCCUUCCUCAAGGAGCUCACUGAUGUCUUGCAGUCGUUGCCCCCAGCCCGGAGGAGCAGCGUCAGUGCCACAGAGGAGGCGGUGACCCCGAAGCACCGGCUGUGGCCAUUGCUGGAAAGAGACUCUUCUUCGGAGCCUCCGCCGUUCUUCUACCUUCGGGUGUUCCUGGUUGAAGGCCCUGCUCUCUGCCCUGUGUCCCUGUUGCUGACCCUGUCCACCCUGCACCUACUGGAGGAGGACCCCGCGGUGCCUGAAGCAGAGCCCCCUCCCCCCUCAGCCUGCGGCGAAGCCUCGGAGGCCUCAGGCCUGGGCCCUGCCGUGCGAGUCCGGGAGCAGCAGCCCCUCAGCAGCCUGAGCUCCGUGCUGCUCUACCGCUCUGCCCCUGAGGACCUGCGGCUCAUCUUCUACGACGAGGUAUCCCGGCUGGAGAGUGUCUGGGCACUUCGAGUUGUGUGUCCCGAGCAGCUGACGGCCCUGCUGGCCUGGAUCCGGGAGCCCUGGGAGGAGCUGUUUUCCAUUGGACUCCGGACCUUGACCCAAGAGACUCUAGACCUCGACCGGUGAGGCCUCGCCACUGGCCCCGGCCUGGGCCCGUGAGGCCCCCCGUGACCUGUGGGCCCUGGGCAGGACCGAGAAGUGGGAGAUCCGGCAUGGGGACAGCCGAGUGGUCAGUAGGACUGUCUCCUGCACUUUCCUCAGGUAUUAAUAAAGUGGCUGCA